AUGACCAAAUCAAAAGCUAGAUGGACGGAGGAGCAAGCCACGAGGCUACUACGGCUAGCUGACGAAGGUCUCGCAUGGGAGGAGAUCCAACAGCUACCUGAUUUCCAAUGCCGCAGCGUCUAUGCAAUCAGAGCCAAGUGGCGGAGGCUGGAUGAAGACAGAGGAUGCGAGUCAGAAAGCAGCGGCAACGAGAUUUUGGAAAAGCAGGAGGACAGCCGGCGAGCUUCGACCCGCUCAAAGCGCUCCGCAGCAGAGGAGUUGCCGCACCGACAGACAAGAAGGAUGCGCAGAGACGAACCCUCGAACAGUUAUCAGGAGAGUGGCAGCCAGUGGGCUACCACACGCUCAAAGCGCUCCGCAGGAGAGGAGUUACCGCGCCGCCAAACAAGAAGAAUGCGCAGAGACAAAACCCCAAGUAGUGACCAGGAGAGUGAUAGCGGGGCUGGGGAAGAAGAAAUUGAUACGGGAGAUGAGUCUUCGGACAUCUUGGCUGGCGAUAUCGGCUUCGAUGGCACCCUGUGUCGGUUCUUCCAUCGAAGACGACCCUCACCCUCGACUCCAUGUUCUGACUUAGCUCCAGCUUCAUCUCUCAGUGACGUGAUUGACAGGCCUAGUGAUCCAACUGAAGUACCUUCCACAGGGACGCCAAAGCCGGCUGCGCAGACAAUGGCUCCGGGGCCAAAGACAGGGCUUUUAAAAUGCACAGGGGCGUCUUCUUUGGAGAGAGAAGGUGCAGAGAUACAGCCGAUGCCAUCUGCCAUCCUUCCAGACUCAGUCGGGCUUCUGGGCAGCCCAUCGAAUGAAGCUGCUGUUGACACUCAGCAACUCAUAACAGCUCUCAUUGAAGCGGUGACCACCGGAUUUCGAGACGUAUUUGCUCCAUUGGUUGAUCAGCUCGCGCUUAGAGCCACACGAUACCCUCACUGGCACUUGGAGGCAUUUUCGUCAGUUGGAGUGCAAACAGAGAAUAUGGCUCUUAGUACAAAGGCAGCGAGAACACCCCCGACUAAGACUGCUCAACGAGUUAGUCAAAAUGCAGAACAAACACUACAACAAAACCCCUCGGAGAUAGAUGCUCAACGUCAUACACAAUGUGGGAAGCCAUCUCAAACUGCCGUACCUACUCAAGUCAACAAUUCGCAAUCACGGGCAGAACCCAUCCCGCCGGUUCGGACAGCGCAGGAGCGACUUUGCCACCGACCACAAGCCGUGCCCUCUCACCUUCCAGAGGAACGAUGCGGUCAGAAUACGCAGACCAAGUCACCAGUUUCCGAUAGGCUACUGGACCAGCGGCUUUUCAAGUCCACACAGCCAUUUCCUGGGACCCUACCUGGAACCAACAUAGCGAACGAAGUUGGGGGGGGUGCAGCCCAUCAGCAGCCUCCGGCCACCAUAUUCCCUUUGCUACUCGCUGUUCCGCGAGUGGACGUGAAUAGCUUGCUCCAAGCCAACCAGGUACCGAAGCUUGUCGCAGCCCUCGGCUUAUAUCAUUCCAUGGCGAUGACAGACUACGCAGCAGUGUAUGAAAGCCUUCAGAGUGCAUCGAAACAGCACAAAAUUCACCGUGGCAAUCUUACUUCCCAGAUCAACAUACUACGGCGGUGUGUCCUCGGGCUCAAGAAGCAUGUCGAGAUUUUAAUGUCUGGCACGGACAGACGAGGUUACUCGCUCACGAACGCCGAGGAAAUGCAAAGUCUUUUGGACGCGAUGUUGAGCUAUCAUGAAGAAGGGCGUUGCAUGGUGGAGGGACAUUUUUAG